AGGCCUCCGCCCGCCACGGCUUUCUAUGAACACGGCUCUUUCUUCCUCUUGUCUCAGAGCCUGAGCAGGAACUCGUCCUCAGGGCUCAGCCUGUCUUCCAGUCCCCCCAAGACCCCCGAGCCCAGUUUGGAGGAGGAAGAGGAGGAGGAGGAGGAGGAUGAGGAAGCGGUGGAAGUGGAGGAGGUGGAGAUUGUCAACGUAAUACAGCAAAAGCCACCGCCGCCGGCCAUCGAGAAGAUCUCCCGGACGGAGGUGAAGACCGACCUGAGCGAAGCCACCAAGAUGGACACGCGCUACUUCGCUGCCUUGCUGGCUGACGUCUACAGGAAGAACUGCGACAUCCAUUCCUGCAUCUCCGAGCACGUGUCCAAGAUUCGAGGACAGACAGUGGAUCUCGGUGUUGACCAGGUGGAAGAUGUUGAGGCUAUGCUCCCUAAAGGAGCCACCGAACUGACCAAACAGCAAAUUCGCUACCUGUUGCAGACUCGCCUGACUGCGGAUAAGAGCAUGCGUCUGCUGCUGUCCACCUUCAGCAGCCUGAGAGAGGAACUCCUCCACAUGUCCGAAGACCUGCGGCGUCUGGAGAGCGAGAAGGAGGCGCUGGAGCGAGAUCUGGCCUUCAAAGUGGAUCAGGCUCGCCAGUACGACAGCCUCUUGGAAGAGGUUCGCGAAAACAACAGACAGCUUCAGGUGUCUCUGAAGGAGACCACCUCCUCCCAGCGUGCCUUGGAGAGCCAGCUGAUGAGCGCCCGCAACGUCGACUCGAGCCGCGACUUCCGGAUGCGGGAGUUGGAAGGACGCAUCAGGGCUCUGGAGAAGGAGAACGAAAUUCUCCGACAGAAGCAAUUAGGCCAAUCUAACAGCAGCACGCUGCACAUCAAGACCGAGGAGCUGUCGCGGCAAUUCAACGAGCAGCUCAGCAUCAUGAAACAGGAGAAGGAGCAAGAGAUCCAGCGGCUGCGGACUCAGAUUACGAGGCUCCAGACGGAGAUCACCACCGAGAGGACGUCAUCCGCAUCGGAGAAGACCCUCCAGCUGAAGAUCUCGGAGCUCCUCGCCAUGCUGGAGCAGCGGCAGACCACCAUCACCAGACAGGAGGAGGUCUGUGACAACAUACGCGCUCAUGUAGCAUUUCCAACUUAAGGGAUCUAAGAUCAGGUAUCGGUAUCGGUCCGAUACUGGGCUUAUUUGAAGUAGAAUGUUGUUUGCGGAGGCUGCUGAAAAUCAAGUAAGUGUUCAUUGGCAGUAACUGGCGCUAUACUGCAGCAGUUUGACACAUUGGCAAACUAUCCUCUCCAUCAGCAAGAAAAGUCUUUGUUCACAAUUUUUCGUCAUCGUGUUCAAUGAAAUUUUCUACAUGAAAAGUGAAUGUGGUCAUCGGUAAGUACUUAAAGAGUGAAUA